UUCAUCAAAGACACUUGAAGUGAACUAGAAGCAGCCAAGGUCUUUACAAUGGAUGAGUCAACAGAGGUGCGAACAGAUGGCAAUUCUCUAUUGAAGGCUGUCUAUUUGAGUCGUCUGCGUCUGACUCGGUUGCUGCUAGAGGGAGGGGCCUACAUAAACGAGAGUAAUGAACAUGGCGAGACACCACUCAUGGUGGCCUGCAAGACACGGCAUACAGAUUCACAGAGUGUCCCUAAACACAAGAUGGUCCGGUAUCUACUGGAAAAUGGUGCUGAUCCAAACAUCCAAGACAAGACAGGAAAAACUGCUUUGAUGCAUGCAUGCCUCGAACAGGCUGGAGCUGAAAUCUUGUCAGUCCUGCUGAGCAGUGGUGCGAAUCCAACUCUGGAGGAUCAUGCAGGCUUAUCAGCACUGGUUUACGCAGUCAAUUCAGGCAACAGGGAUGUCCUCAGGGUCCUCCUGGAUGCCUGUAAAGCUAAGGGUAAGGAGGUUAUCAUCAUCACCACCAACAAACUUCCAUCCGGGCACCAUAUGACAAAGCAGUAUCUUAAUGUCCCUCCACCUCCUGAUCUAGAGGAACGUUUGCAUUACACCCCAACAUCUUGUUGCAUGUCACCAUAUGAGAUCCAGCUACGAACUCCUCCACAAGGGUCUUCUGCAAAUGCUUCUCCCCAACCUGGUAGCCCACUUCUUGGCCUACGGAAUCCCCAGUGUUUAGGUUCAGGUUCAAGUUCUCCAAUUCAACAUCCCAGUCCUUUACGUGUUCCCAGUGUGGAUAAGCGACUUAAUCUCCAGAGGCUACACUCGGAGCAAUGGUCCAAAAGUCCUUCCCUGUUACUCCAGCAGAGCCAGGCCUCCUCUCUGACAGAGGAGCUGGUGGAAAUUACACCGGAGGAAGAGCUGUCCUUCAGAUUCAAUGGCCUUGCCUUCCAUGGAAGACCUCCAGCUGUUUCACGCCACCAUAGCAUUGAUGUCAAAGAUGCAGGGCUCCUGAAAGCACUUGAGAACAUGUCAGGAAAUGAAAACAGAGGUGGAGGUGGAAAAAGAGCAUUCGGUAGAAAGAUGUCAUAUGACAGUGCUGCAAGUUCACUGCAUUCUGCUUCACACCCAAACUUGCAUCAAGGUGACAAUCUUCACUUUCCCCACGAAUCAAGUCCUGCAGAUGAAGACGCAUCGGACUGUCUUAGACAAUUAAAUGUCUCCAGUCUGCAAAAUGUGGUCCAACGGCGGAACAUUGGUUUUGACCACUACAGUUCAGACUCUCAGUUACCGCAGUUUGGCAGCCGAGACAAUAGCUCCAAGAAUGGUGGUGGAGCUGGAGCAGGACCAGAAAGGAACAAGAUAGGCAACAGCAGAUCCUCCACUCUGUCAGGCUCUAGAGAAUCACUGGAGAGCUCUGUUCAGAGACGAGGUGCUGUCGGGCUGGAGAGAAGAGGCUCAGGGGCCCUUCUUCUGGAUCACAUCGCCCAUACUCGGCCUGGAUAUCUCCCUCCUCUGAAUCCCCAUGCUCCUAUACCAGAUAUCGGUGUCAGCUCUAGUGCUUCCUACCCUUUGAGUGGAAGUAGCAAAACACUGAAUGGUGUUCUUACAGGUUCAAAGCCUAUUCUACCCUGUGCACCUAUUUUCCCAAGGGACCUGAAAGCCAAAAAAAUGCUGUGGAGACGUCACUCAAUGCAGAGUGAGCAGAUAAAGCAUUUGGUCAACUUUGAAGAAAUGUUUGGCCACUAAAAUCAAAUAUUGCAUGUAUCAGGAGAAAAUGCAUGUGCCCUACAAUGCAGCUGUACUACCAAAUACAGCUUAGCCAUUCUGAGUCUGCUUUGAUUCAUCUAGACUUAUCAUGGAAACAACAGGAACAUGUCAUCCAGUGCAGAAGUGUGGUUCAUGCACAUGUUUUCAUCAUUUUUGGACAACUACAGAGCUCUAUGGCACAGAGGAAUGGGUCAGUGACAAAUAAGGGUU